AUGUUAAAGAUUCCGGACACUUACGGAUUUGGUAUAGAUGUGUCUUUGCCCAGCGCUAAAAGCUACGCUGAAAAAGGUGUUGACUGUUGCGAUGAAAAACUGCGAGUAUUGAUAAAUGACGCCUACGAUUUGUUGAGCGCUGAAAAGUCUGAUAUUAUACCAGAUGAUGAGACAGCUGCAAAGGUCAUUAAAGAAUUAAUAGAAAAAGAUUACCGAAAGAAGUUUGACGUGACAGUUCAAAAUCAAGAUUUUGGCAAAAGGACAUUUGAAUCUGACAGCUUAGCUUGCAAGUUCAAACACAAAAACAAAUUUUUCUUAGCUUUUUCUACACGAAAUGAUAACCAAAAUAAAGAAAGUUUUAAUAUCGGAUUUAAAGCCACAAACUCUUACCAAAGUUUCGGGCAACUUGGAGGUGCCAGAAGUCACUCUGGGCAUUUGAAGGACUCAAAUCUCGAAACAGACGAAACGAAAGGGAUUGUUAUCACCGCUUUCGUUGAUGUUUAA